GAUUAUAUCGAGAUGGCAACGGCACUAGAGCUAAGUAAUUCUGAAAUCCAGGGACUUUGUCAAAAUUAUUUGAAAAAUAAUGAGCUUAAUUCAAGUUUCAAAAUUAUCAGUUAUAAACUGCAACCCACUUCGGAUGCACCCGCCGGAUUUUUGGGAAGUCAUUUCUAUCUGCAAGUUACCCUAAAGUUGCCGGAGAACGAAGAACCAAAGCAGCUGAGAUUCUUUUGUAAAUCUGCACCUAAGGGAAAUGCAUCGCGUAUGGAAUAUCUGGAGAAUAUCGGGGUAUUCCAGAAGGAGAUUGCCGUCUAUAAGCAUGUGCUGCCGGAUCUUCAAGCAUCUGUCACGGAGAUUGCACCCAAGUGUUAUUAUGCGAAUAACAAUCUGUUGAUCUUUGAAAAUCUCAUCGAUCAGGGAUAUCGCAUGGGAUCUGGAAGAGAUGGUGUGCUUAACUAUGAGCAGCUCCAUUGCUGCCUCAAGACAUUGGCUGCCCUUCAUGCCGGUUCCAUUAUUCAGGAUCUGAAGAAGAAGGAAAGACUUCCUUUGGAGGAGAAUGCAUAUCCCUCCAAUGUGCCAGCGGAACACAUGCGAAAGGUUAACUUCAAUCAGGCCUGUGAGGUCUACAAGGAAAUCAUAAAAACGCUGCCCAAGUAUGAGAGUCAAUUGGAUUUCAUAUUGGCCAACUUUACCAAACGCAUGUCUAUUAUCUUUGAGUUGGCCAAGACUUCUAAGACCCGGCUUAAUGCCACUCUCCAUGGCGAUCUCUGGGCGAAUAAUAUACUCUUCCAGUAUGCCAAAUAUGGAGAAAUUCCACUUCAGUGCCGCUUUGUGGACUUUCAGUUGGUACGGUAUGCUCCCCCUGCCAUGGAUCUACUUACAGUGCUCACUAUUCCGACGACUAGUCAAUUUCGUACCGCACAUCUCAACGAAUUGCUAGCAGAAUAUUAUCGAUUUAUGAGUGAGUUUCUGAAACGUGAUGGCUUAAACAUUGCCAACAUUUUGCCAGAAGCUGAGUAUUACGAUUCUGUGGCAGAGUAUCGCAUAGUUGGUCUUAUCGAGAGCUUACUGUUCUGUCAUCUGACCAUAUUGCCACCCACCUUCACCCAAGAGUUGACCAGUUCCUCAGAUGGUUUCAAUGAUUUCUUUAGUCGCAAACGCAUCGACAUUUGCAUGAAAGCCUUCCAAUCGGACGAACCUUAUAGAAAUCGCAUUAUCGAUAUGCUGCAGGACUUUGUCGAUAACUUUGUAUUAAAAACGUAGUCAAUAUUUAUCGAUGCUAAAAUACAAAUAAUUAUGUUUGGAAAAACUUAAAGCUGUACUCUGUUUAAAAAAAAAAUACUUUUACUUUUUAUUUUGAAAUUUGGUAAAUAUUUAAAAAUCAAUUUUAAAAUCAAUUCAGAGGCUUAAUAGUGAAUAAAGAAACAUUCCGCAUGGGAAUUUGCUAAGUUUAGACAUAGCAACGAGAGUUAAAAUUUAUUUCAAAACAUAAAUCGAAAAUUUAUAGACCAAUUUAAUUGUUCCAAAUAAGACUGUGGUAAAGCGAAAUCAAUUUAGAGGUUAAAUACGGACAAAAUUACGAGAGUUCAAAAUUAUUUGAAAUAAAAAAUUAAAAAAAGUCUAAAAUACUUAAAAUAAAUUAAACUUUCCAAGCUUAAUAAAUGUAUAACAAUGCACAAUUCAGUCGAAGUUCAAGCAAUCAAGAAGCAUUAUUUAUCCUGAUCAUUUUCAAACAAAUUGAAGUCUUAGGAGUUAACACAGAUCUGUUUACAAAAGUAGAAACAACGCAACAAGUUAAGUAAUUUCCCCUACAGUCCGUUUACUGGUUGUCACAGCUUUCGAUGCUUUUGACGCUUCGUUAAGUUUUCGUUGUGUUUGUCUUUUUUUUUUUGGUUUUUGGAAUUCGAAAAGUUUUAAGCUGAAGUUUUGGUGUUGUGGCUCUGCCCGUUACUAGCUUCGAGUACUCAGUUUAGUUGCCAAACGGCCGCGUUCAUUUCAACAACUUGUUGCCGAUCUUUCAAACCCGACUUUAAGUGUUAUUAUUCGUAGCUUAACGGCUUUUGUACAUACACGUACCACGAUUAAGCAGCGCAAAAAGUGAAGCGCAAAAGUAAAGAAAAUCUUAAGAAAUUUAAAAAAAAAAUUAAUAUUAACUUAAAAUGUGAGUUUGAGUGGUAAAUUUGUCUAAUGUGAAAUAAUAUAAAAGUGAAUAUAACACUGAAA